CUUCUUCAGCGAGAAGAAAAACACAAACAAAACACUAGCGAGUGGCUUCCGGGGGGUUCACGCAGGGGAAUGUGACCGGAUGCGCUGUUGAAAAGCGGCUCUGCUUCGGCUGCCACACAUCAAAGGGCUGAGACAAUGGAUCAGUCCUCUGAUGAAGUGGAGGCCCGCACCUUUGUGGAGGUCCUCAGCGACAAGUACAACACAGAGAACUUCCCCUACGGUCAAGGCCUGGGUGUCGUAGUGCUGCCCUCCCCUCCUGGAUCCCCAGUCAAAGGUCGUCUGUUCUUGCCGAACGUGUUGGUUCUGAACGACUGUGGCAUCAAAAAGGCGGGUGACAGGUCCAACAUUGCUGCUUUCUGUGCCCAUGUGGUUGAGCUGGACCUGUCCUACAAUGAGAUCCACGACUGGGCUGAGAUCUGCGCUAUCGUUUCCAACGUCCCUCGCUUGGACUUCCUCAACCUGAGCAUGAACCCAUUGUGCGGCGCCACGCUGGAGCCGUGCAUGGCCAACGUGUUUGCCCGGUUGCGUCGGCUCGUCCUCAUUAACACACAAGUCAGCUGGGACACCGUUCACGCACUCACGCAAAACACUUCUGAGCUGGUGGAGCUCUUCCUGUGCCUAAACGAAUACCGCACUGUGUCCCAGUCCAGCACGUCCUGCCCGUCCUUGCGCCUGCUGCAGAUCACCGACAACCACCUGCGUGACUGGACGGAGGUGCGCAAGUUCGGGCUCAUGUACCCCGGCCUUAACGAAUUGGUGCUGGCCAACAAUGGCGUGGAGUGCGUGGACGAGACCCGGGAAACACUGCAACGUCUCUUUCCCAACCUGCGCUGCAUCAACCUUAACAACUCAGGGCUGAGUAAGUGGGGGGACAUUGAGAGCCUGAAUUUCUUCCCUAAGUUGCAAGAACUCAAAGUGAUGGGGAUUCCACUGUUGAAGCCGUACGCGACACAAGAGCGACGCAGUCUCCUUUUAGCACAGCUGCCAAAUAUCCUUGUCCUGAACGGGGGCGCGGUAUCUGACAACGACAGGGAAGCUGCUGAAAGGUUCUUCAUCCGUUAUUACCAAGACUGUGCAGAGCAAGAGCGCCCACACAGGUACAGUGAGCUGGUAUCCAAGUACGGUCAGCUAGCCCCGUUGGCCGACGUUGAUCUGAGUCCUCGCUGCACAAUAGUGGAGGUCCGAUGGGGCGACAGGGUGGAGGCGAUCAGCCUCCGCCUGGAGCAGACGGUGACCGACCUGAAGAAGCAGCUGAGGGCGCUUCUUCAGCUGCCCUCCAACGGGAUCCGACUAUUCUACAUCAACCGGGAAAUGUGUUCGGUCGUCGGGCCGGAGGAGUUGAAGUGCGGCUUUCGGGCCCUCCACUCAUACAGCAUCCGAGAUGGAGACGAGAUCCUCGUUGUGCCCAAGGUGAAAAGCCGUGCGAACUCCUCACAUCUUUGAGGUCUGAUGCACUGGCUUUGUUUUUUUUCCUGCUUUUUGGGGGGAGGUUUACAGGACUUUCUGAACACUUACUGGGUUUGUUUUUCUGUUUUUGGGAAGAUGGGUUGUGGGUUCACAAGACUUGCUGCACACUUACUGGAUUCACUUUGACUUGAAUUUGUAAUAUUAUGCAAAAUAUUGUUUGGCUGCUAGUUUGGACGUCAAAAAUGUGAGAAGGAAAAUCUGUCCCACUAAAAUUAUGAAUAUAUUUUAGGAAAAGUAAACUUAACAGAGCCACCUAGAUACAUUUAUAGUGAUGGGGAUACUGGGGAAAAUCUUUACAAAUCUGUACAUCGUCACAAGGAGUGGCUAACAUUGAGCACUAAAACCCGGCCUUCAACUCUGCCGAGAUCCAAUCCAUCUGCCUUGCAGAUUUUGUCUAACAAUCGGCAAUCUAGGGCAGUGUUUUUCAACCUUUUCUGAGUCAUGGCACGUUUUUUUGUCGAGGCACAACACAAACCAAAAAUUACUUUUUGUGCAGAAUAGACAUGUUUCCUGAGCAAAACAUGGGCUUGGAAAAUUUCUGCUCCGAACUUCUUCUAGUUUACACAAAACAUCAUUAGUUGCGGUUGAAGUUAGCAGUGUGUUGAAGAAGUCAAAAUCAAAUCAAAGGAACCCACUGAUUUUCCAAAAAUGGAUUUAACACAACUUACAACAACUUGCUGUGUGAACUCCUGGAAGCGCCUAAAUUUAUGGUUUGAAGGUGAAUGUUUUUAUCACCGACCAGCUACAAAGCGCCACUGUGGAUGUACCCGGCCAUACACCUUAUAUAUGAAACCAGCAGAUAAUAUUUCAAGAAUGUGGAUCGCUUCUCUAAACUUAAAGGCUCCACCUGAAAGAUUCUAUGUUUGUUCUUAUCACUACGUUGAUAUAAAAUUUUUUUUUUUAAAAAACACAGAAGAACAUCCUUUCCUAGAACUUUGGUUGUGUUGUCGUAGUAGCAGCUACAGCAGCAGUAGUUUUAGUCCAUCCAUCCAUCCAUCCAUCAUCUUCCGCUUGCUCCGGGGUUGGGUCGCGGGGGCAGCAACCUUAACAGGGAAGCCCAGACUUCCCUCUCCCCAGCCACUUCAACCAGCUUCUCUGGUGGGAUCCCAAGGCCAUGCCAGCCGAGAGACAUAGUCUCUCCAGCGUGUCCUUGGUCGUCCCCCGGGCCUCCCACCGGUGGGACAUGCCCGGAAUACCUCUCCAGGGAGGCGUCCAGGAGGCAUCCGAACCAGAUGCCAGAACCACCUCAGCUGGCUUCUCUCAACGCAGAGAAGCAGAGACUCGACACAGUGUCCCUCCCGGAUGAUCGAGCUUCUCACCCUAUCUCUAAGGGAGAGCCCGGACACACUGCGGACCAAACUAAUUUUGGCCACUUGUAUCCGGGAUCUUGCUCUUUCGGUCACGACCCACAGCUCGUGACCAUAGGUGAGGCUAGGAACGUAGAUCAACUGGUAAAUCGAGAGCUUCGCGUUUCGGCUCAGCUCCUUCUUCAUCAGUAUGGACCGGUGCAGAGUCCGCAUUAGUGCAGACGCUGCACCGAUCCGCCUGUCGAUGUCCCGCUCCCUUCUACCCUCACUUGUGAACAAGACCUCGAGAUACUUGAACUCCUCCACUUGGGGCACGAUCUCAUCCCCGACCCGGAGAGGGCACCCCACCCUUUUCCGACUGAGGACCAUGGUAUCUGAUUUGAAGGUGCUGAUCUUCAUCCCAACCGCUUCACACUUGACUGCGAACCACUCCAGUGAGAGUUGGAGGUCACGGCUUGAUGAAGCCAGCAGCACCACAUCCUCUGCAAAAAGCAGAGAUGCAACGCUAAGGUCACCAAACCCGACCCCCUCAACGCUUCGGCUGCGCCUAGAAAUUCUGUCCAUAAAAAUUAUGAACAGAAUCUGUGAUAAAGGGCAGCCUUGGCGGAGUCCAACCCUCACUGGGAAUAAAUUCGACUUACUGCCGGCAAUGCGGCCCAAACUCUGACACCAGUCGUACAGGGACCGAACAUCUCUUAUCAAGGCGCUCGGUACCCCGUACUCCCGGAGCACCCCCCACAGGACUCACUGAGGCACAUGGUCGAACGGCUUCUCCAGAUCCACAAAACACAUGUAGACUGGUUGGGCGAACUCCCAUGCACCCUCGAGGACCCUGCCGAGGGUGUGGAGCUGGUCCACUGUUCCACGGCCGGGACGAAAACCACACCGCUCCUCCUGAAUCCGAGAUUCGACUUCCCGACGGACCCUCUUCCCCAGCACCCUUGAAUAGACUUUACCGGGGAGGCUGAAGAGUGUGAUCCCGCCUCGGAAACUUGUCGAUAUUUAAUUGUAAAAUAAUUUCUCAAUAUUUAAAUGUACUCAGUGUGAAACUUGAACCUGUUUAGAUGAACACAAAGCCGAUAUCCUGUCAGGAAUUGAAGAAAGACACACACAAAGCUCUUCUUCAACAGCUCUCAGUCUGUUUUUUUUUUUAUUUUAUCUUUUUUAUAGCAGUUAGCUUGCUUAGCAUCAUUGCGCUGUUGGAUAGCUGCUCAUGUCGCGUUCAAAAACUGUUCGGAUUUCUACCCAUCAGCCACCUUGCUGUCCUCGACAAUGUGUUGGAAUAAAACAGUUGUUGGUCGUCACUUAUGGAAAAAAUGGAAAGGACACUUUCGUGUAUAUCGACACUUGACCAGUCGAAUCAAAUGAUGUACAGUAGACUUGCUCAGGUCCACAUUCGCACACAGCAAGGUGACACGAGCUAUACCUCGCUCAUCUACACACGACCGAAAAGGGAUAUUGGAUAAUUUCUCGCGGCACACCAGACGAUCUCUCACAGCACACUAGUGUGCUGCAGCAUGUUGGUUGAAAAACACUGAUCUAGAGAAUGCUAAUUCAAUUUUCAGUGUAAUGUAUACGUAAGUACAGUAACUGCAUUUUGUGUGCCAAUUUGCCUUGGUGUGGACACCGUGCAACAACCGUUACAUACAGUUUACUAGACCAGAGCUAUGUUGCGAUGUAGUUUUCGGAAUAUUUCCAGUAUACUAUCUUUCUGUUAUUGUAUUAUCGCGUGAGCUGUAAUUUCAUUGACACCACCUUACAACUUAUUUGAAAUUUGACUCCUUUGUCACAUUGUUGUGCACCAGUAUUAAAAACAUACACACAAUUGUUAACAUCUACUGAUUGCAAAACAGUCAACAUCAAUUAUGCUGAUGCUGACGCUUUUAGCUUGUCACAUUUUUAUAUUUUGUCUUUUCAAGUACUGAACCGGAGUACCAUUUUUUUUCUCUCAAACCGUCCAGUCCAUAAUUUGAAUUUGCUUUCCCGUUGCGUUGUGGACUUAAUGGUAACCAGACACCUGCUGAAGUGUCAAGUCACUUCCUCUUAUUCUAUUAGGCUGGCUGACCAUUGGGGUGGCAGCAGGGGGGAGCCAAAACCCAGCCCCCCUGUCUGCCUGAAUGCCCCUUUCUUAGAUGGCCCUCACAAACUAGACACCUUGAGUGUCCGCUCUUUCACAGGAUGUGGGGUCCUGACCUCUCCCACUGGCUCACAUUGGUCUUGAUUUCUCCCCCAAUCCUAAGAAACUAAACUGAAUUCUCAAUGGCAGGAGAUUACUGGUAUUUCAACAUCCUUGGAUGUUUUUUACAAUGAUUCUAGCUCUGGUAACUGAUCUGCAGAGGAUCCUAGUUUGCAAGCGGUCAUCGACCAUUGUAAUCCCUGUCUUUCACUAAUCUUAUGUUCCUAAUAACCCAGCAAAAAGGGAGGGUCGGUUGCCCUAUGUAGAGUUAAAGGUCUUAAGUACGCAUGUGCCGGUAUGAUAUUCUGGCGGUAUGAUAACCUUACACCAAAAUUACAGCUCUAAAAUGUGUUACUUUGAGAUAUCUGGGUUAAAAAAAAAAACUUUUUUUUUUUUUUCCAUUGAACAGGAUUUUUAUUUUUCAAAACAUAUUAGCAAAUUGGAACAUAAAUCUAAUGUUAAGUUAAAACAAAUUAAAAAGAAAAAAACUUUAAUAUUCUGAAUAAAAUUAAAAUAACUGCAGUCCUUUAGGUGAGCCUAAACCCAUAGCCACAGCUCAACAAUAUUACCAUCAGAACAAAAAUAAUUAUUUUCCAUAAAAAGCACAUGUGUAUGACUCGUAUCAUGUUUACAUUAUACACACACUCGUUCUCAACACAGACUGUUGCAACAGAGAGAAAAAAAGACAUUUUUCCACCGCUAGACACACUAAACACACUGGAGUUAACUCUCGUAGCUGGUGGGAAACAUUCAUGACAGUGUUUAUGAACUUUUAAUUUUGUAAAAAUGCAAAAUCAUAUUGGAGGUAUUGCCUCCUCGGCAACCACCCUCCGCUAACAUGUUUUACAUGUCAGUUGGCCCUCCUCUAAGCCACGGCCGUUUGUAACUUUUCCGUAGCCGACGUAUUCCUCUAACAGUGAUUUCGUUUUCUUCGAUUGGGGGAAAAAGUUCAGGAGUUUCACCUCCUCCAGCCAUCGUGUAGCACAGCUAACUCAUUGACACUGAGCAACAACCAGUGGAGGAGGGUUGAGCCUUGCAGCUGCAAACGAGGGAUUUCUCCAUGGAUUUUUUGGGACAUAAAAAAUAGCUAAUACCUUAGGGACGGUAUGACGGAAAAGUUUUGUGGUUUUGAAACCUUGACGUUUUUAUGCCACGGUAUACCAUCACGUUUGCUUGUGGCAUUAGCCGCUAGCAUUAGCCUACUGGGCUUCUGUUUGUUUGAUUUCUUGAUAGCCGCUUGACUUCAUACGUAAGCACACUGCUUUCUGAAAGGGGAAUUAAUAUAGCCGAACAACACAGAGUCAAAGCGUCAAGUCACAUUUUAGAGCUUUUGUAGAGGCCUGGCGAAACAUAAAAAUGGAGGAAGCCCUGCAUUUUGUGAUUACCUUAAAAAUAUUUUAUUAAACAUCUAAAAUAACAAAACUUGUCCUGUUAAAUCGAACCACAAAUCACUCUUUUGGGAUGCAAAACAAUAGAUGUUAAGAUGCCUUGUAGAGAAGCCUCCACCCAUCAACAGUAUUCAGUGGUGUAAUCUUCCUUACUAAUAUUUUGAGGUAAUCAGUUGUGUUUUCACACUGAAACCCCUGAGGCAGGAGGGACUACUGAUGUUCUACUUAGCUGCGCAUUAACUGGUGAAGCCUGCUUGAAUAAGAGACGAAAUGUCCCCUAAGAUAACCACAACAGUCCACUGGCGAACGGCCUAAGAGCAAAUGUAAAUCCAAAAGAUACUGUCCCGUUAAGAAAUUACGAAAUCUGAAACUUUUCCAUCCAGCAACAGUGUUGAAAAAGUCAUUUUUGAAACCCUAAAUUUACACAAAUGUAGUGAGAAAUCUUGCAUGGAAAAAAUAUUUGCAGCUUCUGGAUUGAAACCAGGUCUUUCCUAGGAAACUUGACUUAUAUUUCAUUGUAUGUGUAUUUUAGUGUUUUUCUAUUGAUAACCUGCUCACCAAGUUUACUUUCGAGGUUGUGGAUGACCUGAAAUUUCAGGAAAAUGAACAUUUGGGAUGGAGGGUCUGGUGGAUAUUUUGCGUGGUAUUUGGUGAUUGAACGCUAUCGUGGGAUGUAACGUGAAUUGUUUGCCAUAUGGUGUCGGUUUUUAUGUCUUUUGAGAUUUGUUUUUAAUUGUGUAUAAAAUGUGUCACUGCUCUCACACUUUUAGGACUCAAAUAUUAUUUGUAAUGUUUGAAUUAUCUAAAAACAUGAACUGAUAUUUGCAGUAUUCUGAGUUUGCUGAAAUGCUCUGAAAUGUUAGCACAACUUCGUUUUGCUUACCUUUACGAGAGGAAUUUUUACCAAAUUUUCAGAAGAACAAGUUUCACCCUCACUUUCAGAAAGAUUUUAAAAGAAUAGUAAACCGCCAAUGCCUAAGUGUUUACUUUGUGCUGUCCUGAUGUAUUAGUGAUGUUUUUUGUGUUUUAUUUCUCAAUAUUGUGCUAUUUUCACAGCUCUGUACUCUAUAAUGUUGCUUUGGUGUCUUUUGAAAAAAAUAAAUUAUGA